AGAAGGUUAGUACGUGCGGGUUGCUGAUUGCAGGUGGUGCCGCUGCUUGCAACGCAAGCGUCGACUGCUACUGGGAAUCCGCUCCUGCUGCGGGCGAACCCAGUUGCGACCUGAAGAUUUUCCAGAACAGUAAGAAGAGCUUUUACUUCCUGGCCCCCCGAUUCCUUGAUUACGCCACCACCGACGUAUUCUGGUGGUGGAUCGUUUCCUGGGGAGUGAUUAACUGGGUCUCCAUGAGCACAGUCUUGAACCUGUGGAGUUACACCUCGCAGCUACUUUACUGCCUGAUCAAUGUUAUCAUCAUCGUGGGCAUUUGGUCCUCGCAUAUGACCGAAAAUCAGGGUGGUGUAAUCCCGCUGCUAAAGGGCCCCAUAGGAUUGCCUCUGCUGUUGCUUUUUGAUCUGCUCGCGAUCCAGCCGUGUUCGGCCCCGUGGAAGUUGCGCGCGGCCGUCCUGUCGAACGUCAUGCUCUACGGCUUGUGGGCAGCUGUCGGUGGGGUGUACCUCCGCGUUGUCUUCCCGGCAUUGCAGACACUGACCGAAGAAUCGGACAUCUUGCGAAAAACCCUGUUUGAAGUUCUGCUUGCGACCGUUUUCUUCUCCAUCUGGGUUCCCAUUGGGAGCAAAAAGUGCGGAGCCGCGUACUUGUUCUCCCUCGUGAAAGCCACGGCCUUUUUACAGGGGGAGCAAGAACUUUCUCCAGAAGAGAAAUACGAUCUCGAGUGCUUCGCUCGUAUCCUCUGCAAUGGAGCCCUCGACCUGUACCGCUACGGUUACGGUCGCGGCGCACUCUUGAAGGUUUCUCCGUCAGCGUUCGCAAUUGUCGUCGCGAAAGACGUGUUUUACGACAUCAUGCACUUCGGACUUGGUUUCAGCGCCGAGUGGCAGUGCUUCAAGAUGAAGCUCGAUGCUACCAACGGAAGACUACACAGGGACACCGUGCUUCCCGCCAAGUUCAAGCUGUUUCGCUUGAUUGAUUCCUUCACGCGCCGCUUCGUUUUUAAUCGCAUCGACACUGCAACAGCUAUUCCUGUGACCUGGAUGUAUGCAAUUGACUGCGAAAUCGAAAGCCAGCGCCUCGGAUUGGAUACGAACACAAUCACUGGUGACACACGCGGCGGCGAACCGACGCAGAACGGCAGGGGAUCUGACGAUACCUCGAAUGUCGUUCCAUCGUUAAUCGACGGCCACGACGGCAAAAUGAACAAACCAGGAAAAACAUCUACAAACAGCGCAUCGACUUUGCUUGAAGCGGCAGUAGCUAAUAACAAUAAAGGGCGUAUUAAAGAUGAUGACUAUGCCUCAGUUGGAAGCGAACAGGAGAACCACCGCCGCACUUGUGACGACAAAACAAUCUCCGUAGAAGGUGCUGGCGACAAUAGAAGCUGCCUAGCAAAACCCAGCAAUAUUGCGGUGCCCGAGGAGAUGCAAAACCAAAACCGCCGGUCGUCUCUUGUCCAGGACUUGAAAAGGAUUUCCGCAGCGGCUUCAAGUAGCGGCGAAAUGCACCGCCCGAUCGGGACGACUGGGGCACCUCCUCCGCGAAAGUCUUACAGCAAUUACGACAUUUCCACGGCGGCGAUGUUGUGCUCGCUCACUACUGAUCCGUUUGGGGCUACGUCGACGGCCAAGAAACCGAAACAAACUUCCGUUGCAGCGCAGCAAGAGAACAAGAUGAAAACCGGUAAUACGUCGAACACGCGUGACGUCAACGCUCAUGUUUCAUCAGCCGUUUCUGGGAAGGUAUUUACAAACAUGCAAUUCCCGCAUGAUGUAGGCGCAACUUUGUUGUGCUGCUCGUCUAGUUUAGUAUGCCUAUGCGAGGGAGACUGACGUGGUCGACAUGAUUAUGUUCUAAAAAUUUGUUUGUACAGAAUCAAAAGCAAAAAUGUUGACACUGAAAUAUCAAUCAAUAAAAAUCGCGAAAUACAACAGAUUUCCGCAACGACAGCCGACGGUACUGCCACUGUCAAACGAAAAGAGAACGCGAAGCAGCGGAUUUCCACUCGAAAUCCCCAGGGAAGACCAGCGUCGAGCAGUAAUGACGUCGUCAAUGUCGAAGCUUUCGAGGUCGAGGACGAGGACACGCAAGUAAAUGUCUCCUCGACGGGUACCGUUUCCACGUACGAGCGGAUCUUUCAGUUCGCAAAUCACCGAAUCGUUGCGCGGAAGGUCCCUCGCCUCGAACCCUGCAUGGUCGUCCCGGGUCGAAAAAUGCGCUGCCCAAUCACAAUCGCAGAUCUACAGCGGGUCAGGCCCCUACUCGUCUACGUGCAGCAAGAAAACUUCGCCAGAUUUCAGUCGAGAAUGUUCGCACGCAUUUUUACCGCUGCGGUGGUGUUUUUUUCGCCCUGCGUAGUAAUUUUGUUCGGCGACGCCCCAUUCUUUCCGGGCUUCCAGCGAUCCGAUGUGGAAAGCCGACAGGGCCAAGCGAGCUUGGACGGAGAGUACAUGACCUAUGCCAGCAUCUUUCUCCUCACGGACUUGCUUUCCUACUUCGUCGUCACUCUUGGUGUGCACCUGAAUGAAGACUGUGCCCUGGUGCCAUGGCGAGAGCUCGUCGGGGAUUUUUUCACGGUACGGGGAUGCUAGAACUUCUGUUUUACUUACUUAAGUACUUUUGAAUCAAGCGGGGAGGUGUAGAUGAACAGAAGGGAUGAAGCAGAGGAGUACGUAGAAACAGUAUCUAUCUUGUCAGUACAUUGACAACAAGAGAGAGAGAGACCAGCAUUUGCAUUCACAUUUUUUAAUACUUACUACUAAAAAAGAUGAUCGACCGCUGCAGCUGGCAAAGGUUACUGAAAGUGUGGUGGGCCUUCGGCGCGUAUUUCGCGCUUCUGAUUGUGAUUAACAACUGGGACCCCUACCGCAACAAAGGAAUCUUAGACGCCUCCGGGAUCGACGAUAAGGGUCUGGACUUCGCGCCCCACAUUUACCGUGUCUGUGGAGCGCCAAGCUGGUUGCCACGGUCGUAUAAUCCGUGAAAACGUACUCGACAAGCCAGUUGUUAUUUGUCGGACCGCGAUCUCAGUCUCUCCCUCUCGAAAACGCAACUACAACAUUUGGGGGUAUCUGUAAACGUAAAGGUUUAAUAUCACACACGGAAAAACAAAGAUGAACCGUGCUUCGAUAGUACUCAUGAUCAUGUACGACUCUAAUGACUUUUAGUACACUACCUAUUGCUCUGUCAUCACCAUUAGUAUCAGCACUGCUCGUCACCCUCACCUACACCUUCAUCAUUGAAGAGUUCAUCUACAGCCGAUAUUCGUUGUAAAGAGAUCGUUGAACAAGAACAAAUUUAGGUUUAUCUAUCAGCUUCAAUAUGAAAAAUAUGAAGCAGACCCAACUGUUGAAAUUGCGGUCCGUCAAUUCCAAAUAAACUUCGUCGGAUUUCGGAUUUGCAAAGAAGGUUAGUUCAAGGCUCGUCGGAGGCAUGGCGAUAUCAGCCUCAUCAUCACACGAAAAAGUCAUAGCAAAGGAAAAGAAUGCAUUUUAGAGAGAUUGAUAAAGAUAAAAUAUAUAAUCAAAAAAUAAGUAACGACAAUAUAAUACAGUAAUAAAAAUAGAAUAAUAGACAGCAAAAAAAAAAAAAGAACAAAGAAAAAUAUGAAAAAAAGUCGAGAUGAAAAGAGGAAGUGUGGCGGAAUGUAGAAAUAAUAGUUAGCUUUCGAGCAUACAACUAGCGGCAUCGGACGUUUAGGCCUAGGACGUGUCGCCGGGUACAUAGCUAGCGUGCAUGAAGUUCAAACGAGAAAGAAGCCACGACACGUCCACGAUUGCAAACUCACUGAACAUAGUCAACACACGGACCCAGAGUACCAGUUGCCAGGACUCUCGAAAAUUAAGAAAACAUGCAAGCAU